AUGAGCGGACCUUCUAAGAAAGUAGUGGAUGUGGCAUUUAAAGCAUCGAGAACCAUUGAUUGGGAUGGGAUGGCUAAGCUUUUAGUCUCCGAUGAGGCCCGCAAAGAGUUCGCCACUCUUCGUCGCGCUUUCAACGAAGUUAACUCCCAACUCGAGACUAAGUUCAGCCUGGAACCUGAACCCAUAGACUGGGAAUAUUAUAGAAAAGGAAUUGGCUCUCGUUUGGUGGACAUGUACAAACAGGAAUACGAAAGUAUACAGAUCCCCAAGUAUGAAGACAAAGUGACUCCAGAAUACAGGCCUAAAUUUGAUCAAUUGUUGGUGGAAUUGAAAGAAGCAGAGCAACAAUCCCUGAAGGAGUCUGAGCGAUUGGAUAAAGAAAUUGCUGAGGUUCAAGAAUUGAAGAAAAAAAUCAGCACCAUGACUGCAGAUGAGUACUUCGAGAAGCAUCCUGAGCUGAAGAAAAAGUUUGAUGACGAAAUCCGUAAUGACUAUUGGGGUUAUUGA